AGGAGUUUUUAGGAUAUUCUGUGCCUAAAAUUCAGAAAACGUUAUCAUGUGGAUUGAGGAUUCAGACCGUUUCUCAUUUCUGCCUCAGGUUUCGUUUGGCUCCAGAACAUCCAUUCCCAAUCCCAGUCAUGGAUUGCUGCACAGCUACUAUACACUUUUUGAAAAAUGCAGAGGAAUACGGAGUGGACCCACAUCGCAUUGUUCUCUAUGGAGAGAGUAGCGGAGGGACAUUUGCUGCAGCUGUUUCUGAAUAUUUGGUAGGCAGGAAAGAUCUCCCAAAGCUAGGAGGCCAGGUCCUCAUCUAUCCGGGUUUGCAGGCCGUCGAUUUAAAUUUGCCUUCUUAUCAGCAAAACCAUUCGGUCCCCCUCCUGUUCAAGAAACGGGCCUUGAAGAUUGCUACCCUGCUUCUGACUGCAAAGGAGGUCAACCUGGAGGACAUCAUGAAGAAUGCUCAUCUACCCAAACAUGUGUGGAUGAAAUACAGGAAAUGGGUCAGUCCCGAUGACAUUCCAGAAAGAUUUAAGGGCAGGGGUUACGUGCCCAUGGAGCGGCCUCCGUUUAACCAAGAACUUUACGAAAUCAUGAAAGAAGCAACCAACCCCAUGUAUUCCCCACUUUUAGCAGAAGAUGACGUGAUCCGCCAGCUCCCCAAGACUUUCCUUGUAACCUGUGAAUACGAUGUUUUCCGAGACGAUGGGCUCUUAUUCAAGAAACGGCUAGAGGACAAUGGUGUCCCAGUAACGUGGUAUCACAUCAAGGACGGAUUCCAUGGAAUUUUGAUUGGCAUUGUUCGUUGGCCACUGGAAUACCCAGGAACGAGACUCCAUUGCCAGCGUAUAAAUAAUUUCAUUAACAGUAUAUAACACAUGUUUUAUUUUAUUGUCGAAGGCUUUCAUGACCGGAAUCACUGGGUUGUCUUAAGUUUUUCAGGCUGUACAGCCAUGUUCUAGAAGCAUUCUCUCCUGAUGUUUUGCCU